CGGCUUCCAUCCUAUGUUGCGACUGGCGCAUCCAGCCACCGACGAUACGCCGGAUACGGGCUGAACGGGUCUGUACCAGGCGAUGACAGGGGUUCUCUGAGGGCAACCAAGCCAAUUUGGGUGCCCGGGAGCGCGUACCUGCGCGGUUGCCGAGCCAACAAGGCGCCGAUAAGCUUCACUCAGCUUCCAGCCUCCCUCUAAAAACGAGCCAAGUUCCGUCGACUUCUUUCCGCAGCGGGGGAGCCGCGGAAUGGACUUUGACUUGAGACCCUUGAGGCCAAUUAAGCUAGCCCGAUUUCUUCGAAAGACAUGUCGUCACAUGGAACUGGAAUGAUUGUUCGAUAAUUCGUCCUUCCGUUGCUGAACCACAUCUCUUUCAACAUUCGGGUGACCAGCGAAUAUCCGGUAUUUCUCAACACCAAGCCGCCAAAGCAACAGCAGCGCCGUCGCCAAAAUGGGGGGCACCGACCAACCCUUCCUGUACGAUUACGACCCCGUCAGGUACAGCAUCGAUGAUCGUCUUCCACCCAAACUCUUCGACCCAAAGGCCAUCACAAGAGCAAGCUUCGAGAAGCCCAAGCCAAAACCCAAGCCGGAUGGCCCGCUUGUCUCAUUCAAUGUCCAUCCAGAUGCCUAUCCCCCUACAGAGCGCACCAUCAAGAGUUUCCGGCCCAUGGGCCCUAGGUCCAAAAGAUGGAUCAUAAGGAUGAGGAAUGUUCAGUUGGUCUUUAGGCUGCUUCAAUUUCUUGGUGCCGCCGGCUUGCUGGUAAUUAUGAUCAUGUUGAACAACAUGCAAGAAGUGACCGGCUUGGUCCUCAGGAUCGCGCUUGGCGUCGCCAUACUUCACACGGCUUAUGGCAUUUACCACCUCUGGAAGCCUGCCGGUGGACGGGCGCCAAUGUCUUCUACUGCCUACCAUUUCGGCGUCAUUAUUGUCGAUAUUGCCGCUUGUCUAGUCUACGCAUAUGGAGUUUACGCGGUCCGCAAGCAUGGCGCUACGUGGGGUACCCUUCUUCCCGACAAGUCGGUGCUUCAGUACUUCAUCCCAGCCGUUCAGUACGGACUCAUCGGCGCAGGCGGACUCCAUGUUGUUUCCAUCGGCAUCUCGGUCUUCCUCACCAUCCAGUUCUGGCGCAUCUGCAAGAUGCCGCCAGAUAUGAACCCCUUGGAGGAUAACCUCACCUCACGCGCCCACCAGAGGAACAAGUCCUCGGUCGUUUCCAUCUCGACCUACGCCGACGACAAUAAGCGGCCUGGCACAGUCGCUGGCAGUCACCGUGACUCCAGCAUUCAUAACGGUGACGAGCUCGUCCGCCCACGCGGUAUUCCCUUUAUGCAUACUAGGCAGAGCUCAGAUCUUUCCGAGCGGUCUUUUGGCAAGCGCGAGUCUCGAGUCACGGUAGACCUCCCGGAUCGCCAGUACCAAAUCUCACCCGGCAACUCACCACGCCGUUCUAUGCCUCCUCGAUCUUCCUAUCACGGUUCCUACUCCGACCAGGUCCCGUUCGCCAACCAGGGUGCUGCUAACCCCCGCACCAGCUUCGCUUCCGGCCGACCUAGCACCUCGUACAACAACGGCGAGCAGAUAACCGCCUCGCCCACCUCCAUGUCUCCAACCAAACCACAACAGCCACGUGGCGGCAAGUUCCAAGAAGCCUGGUAUACCACCGAGUCACUCUUCAACCGCACCCACGAGCGCAACCGCGCCAUGAAGGAAGCCCAAAAGAACGGCGGCGGAAACCGCGCCUACGAAGCCAUAACCGAUUACUACGACACCCACGACUCCGACGACGAUCAUCAGCAGCUGCAACAAAACUCAUACUCCCCUCCCCCUCCAGCCCGCGACAACCACAAAAAGGGCUACCGAAACAGCCACAAAGAUGAGGACGUCAACGAUGAUGACAUCGACCUCGCAGACCUGCACCCCAACCCCUUGCGCUCCAACCCUUCUUCGCCGACCUUGAUCAUCGACUCGGAGUUGGAGCCCGAAAGGUCAAUCACCCCCUUCAGCCGGUUGCGCGAAUCAAUUCUUCGUCCGCUGAAUCUGAACCCGUUGAAUAUCAAGAAAGUCCGCCAGUCCAAACCACAAAACAACAACCAUCUGAAACCGGAUAGCCAAGAACCAAUGAGAAACCGUGACUCCUCCAUCCAGCCCGAGACUUUCUUCUCUUCUGCUGCUGCUGCCGGCGGAGGAGGAGGAGGAGGAAAGCCUUACGAUCCUAGUACCUCUGACACGCCUCCGACGCUGCUUGCUGGCCAUCCCGAUAAUAACCGGGUGGUCUCGUCUGGUUACGACCACGAUUUUUCGUAUGGCGGAGCAGGAGCGGGCAGGCAGAGACUUGUCAGUGGUAAAGUUGCUGAGGAGGGCAUGGCUGGUGGGUUUUCGGAGGAUAUAACGGAGGGAGGGAGGCAGAAUAAGAAGAGGCUGACGGUUACGAAUGCUUAGUGGGCAUGGUAGUAAGUUGGAUGCCUACUUACUUGGAUGAAAGGAGGGGUGUUUGUGGAUGAUGGAUGGACAAAUAUGCUGUUGAAAUAAUGUCGUGAUGAUAAUGGAUUUCUCAAGCGGUUUCGCUGUGUUUAGCUAGCAGGUUCUGGAGUUAAAGGGAUGGGUUUUCGAGUUCGAAGGCAUGAUAUCACUGUUACGAAAAGUUGAGCGAAUGUAUAUCAACUGAACAAAUGGCAGAUUCUGUAGCGUCUUGUGUGUCUUGGUAGUUAGGU